GCCCACUGCGCAUGCGCCGGGGGUUGUAACCGCCAGGGACGGCUAAGGGAAGAGCCGCCGAGAGUUCGAAGCCGCGCGCCUCCCUCUUCCCCUCAGCAACGGUCGCUUUGCGGCCUGGACUUCCGCUUCCUUCAAGCCUGACAGGGAGGAGAAGCAGGAGAAGGAUGCUCUGGAGCCUGGGGUCUGCCUGAGGCGAGGCCGGGAAGGGAGGGAUGUCGCCGGCGCCGGGCCUCCACGCCGGGUCCUGGCCUCCGCCUCGGCCCUGCGCAGGUUCAGCCCGGGCCCAGGUUCAGGCUCCACCAGGCCGGACUGGGGCCCAGCACUGACUCCGCCGCCGCUUCCCCGCCGCCGAGGGCACGGGGCGGGGCGGGCACGAUGCAGGCGCCGCCGCUGCAGUACGACUUCUUCAGCGAGGAGAACGCGCCCAAGUGGCGGGGCCUGCUGGUGCCCGCCUUAAAGAAGGUUCAGAUGCAAGUCCACCCUAAGCUGUCAUCUACUGAAGAUGCCUUGCAGUAUGUCGAGGAAUUAAUUCUGCAGUUGCUAAACAUGCUGUGCCAAGCCCAACCCAGAAGCUUUCAGGAUGUAGAGGAUCGUGUGCAAAAGAGUUUUCCCCAUCCUAUUGACAAGUGGGCAAUAGCUGAUGCUCAGUCUGCAAUUGAAAAGAGGAAGCGAAAAAAUCCUUUAUUUCUUCCAGUAGAAAAAAUUCACCCAUUAUUAAAAGAAGUUCUCGGUUAUAAAGUUGACCAUCAAGUAUCUCUUUACAUAGUAGCAGUAUUAGAAUACAUUUCAGCAGAUAUUUUAAAGUUGGUUGGGAACUAUGUAAGAAAUAUAAGACAUGAUGAAAUUACGAAACAAGACAUCAAAGUGGCAAUGUGUGCUGAUAAGGUAUUGAUGGAUAUGUUCCAUCAGGAUGUAGAGGAUAUUAGUACACUAACAUUAUCUGAUGAAGAACCCUCCACAUCAGGAGAACAAACGUACUAUGAUAUUGUGAAAUCAUUCAUGGCAGAAGUUCGACAGUACAUAAGGGAGCUAAAUCUCAUAAUAAAAGUAUUCAGAGAACCUUUUAUUACCAAUCCAAAGCUAUUUUCAGGUCAUGAUGUAGAAAAUAUAUUCAGUCGCAUAUCAGAUAUUCAUGAACUUAGUGUGAAGCUGUUGGGCCAUAUUGAAGACACUGUAGAAAUGACAGAUGAAGGCAGUCCCCAUCCUUUAGUAGGAAGCUGUUUUGAAGAUUUAGCUGAGGAACUUGCAUUUGAUCCUUAUGAAACCUAUACUCAAGAUAUUUUACGGACUGGUUUUCAUGACCACUUUCUUAGUCAGUUGUCAAAGCCUGGGGCAGCAUUCUAUUUGCAGUCAAUAGGAGAUGGUUUUAAAGAAGCUGUUCAGUAUGUUUUACCAAGGUUACUUCUAGUUCCUGUUUACCAUUGCCUUCACUAUUUUGAAGUUUUAAAGCAAUUAGAAGAAAAGAGUGAAGACGAAGAGGACAAAGAGUGUUUGAAACAAGCAAUUACAGCCCUGCUUAAUCUUCAGAGUAGUAUGGAAAGGAUAUGCUCCAAAAAUCUUGCAAAGAGAAGGCUUAGUGAAUCUGCGUGCCGUUUCUAUAGUCAACAAAUGAAAGGGAAGCAACUUGCAAUCAAGAAAAUGAACGAAAUCCAAAAGAACAUUGACGGCUGGGAGGGUAAAGACAUUGGACAAUGCUGCAAUGAAUUCAUAAUGGAAGGGACUCUCACGCGUGUGGGUGCCAAGCAUGAAAGACAUAUAUUUCUCUUUGAUGGCCUAAUGAUUUGUUGUAAGUCAAAUCAUGGGCAGCCAAGACUGCCUGGUGCUAGCAAUGCGGAGUAUCGUUUGAAAGAAAAGUUUCUCAUGCGAAAGGUACAAAUCAACGAUAAAGAUGACACUAAUGAAUACAAGCACGCCUUUGAAAUAAUUUUAAAAGAUGAGAACAGUGUUAUUUUUGCUGCUAAAUCAGCUGAAGAGAAAAACAACUGGAUGGCAGCCUUGAUCUCUUUACAGUACAGAAGCACCUUGGAACGCAUGUUAGAUGUAACCAUGUUACAAGAAGAGAAAGAGGAACAGAUGAGAUUUCCAAGUCCUGAGCUUUACAGGUUUGCAGAACCUGAUUCUGAGGAGAAUAUUGUUUUUGAAGAGAACAUGCAGCCAAAAUCGGGAAUCCCUAUAAUCAAGGCAGGAACAGUUGUCAAACUGAUCGAAAGACUUACAUACCAUAUGUAUGCAGAUCCCAACUUUGUUCGAACAUUUCUUACAACAUAUAGGUCAUUUUGCAAACCUCAGGAAUUGCUGAGUCUCCUGAUAGAAAGGUUUGAAAUUCCAGAACCUGAACCAACAGAAGCAGAUCGGAUAGCUAUGGAGAAUGGAGAUCAACCUCUCAGUGCAGAGCUCAAAAGGUUUAGAAAGGAAUAUAUACAACCUGUACAACUGCGAGUUUUAAAUGUAUGCCGGCACUGGGUGGAGCAUCACUUCUAUGAUUUUGAGAGAGAUGUAGAUCUUUUGCAACGUUUGGAAGAAUUCAUUGGCACUGUCAGAGGAAAAGCUAUGAAGAAAUGGGUUGAGUCAAUCACAAAGAUAAUCCAUAGAAAAAAGCAAGCACAAGCCAUUGGGCCAAGCCACAAUAUUACAUUUGAAAGUUCUCCGCCUCCAGUUGAAUGGCAUAUAAGCAAGCCAGGACACAUGGAUACAUUUGACCUGCUUACUUUACAUCCAAUAGAAAUUGCUCGACAGCUCACUCUACUUGAAUCUGAACUUUACAGAGCUGUGCAGCCAUCAGAGCUAGUGGGAAGUGUGUGGACAAAAGAAGAUAAAGAAAUCAAUUCUCCUAACCUGCUCAAGAUGAUAAGACAUACCACCAAUCUGACCUUGUGGUUUGAAAAAUGCAUUGUUGAAACUGAAAAUCUAGAGGAAAGAGUUGUUGUAGUGUGCCGGAUAAUUGAGAUCUUGCAAGUUUUUCAAGAGUUAAACAACUUCAAUGGUGUUCUUGAGGUUGUCAGUGCUAUGAACUCUGCACCUAUUUACAGGCUGGAUCACACAUUUGAACAAAUCCCAAGCCGCCAGAAAAAGAUAUUUGAAGAAGCUCAUGAACUGAGUGAAGAUCACCAUAAGAAAUACUUAGCAAAACUCAGGUCUAUUAAUCCUCCUUGUGUGCCUUUCUUUGGUAUUUAUUUAACAAACAUCUUGAAAACGGAAGAAGGCAAUCCUGAAUUUCUAAAACGACAUGGAAAAGAGCUGAUCAAUUUUAGUAAACGGAGGAAGGUGGCUGAGAUAACAGGGGAGAUCCAACAGUACCAAAACCAGCCAUACUGCCUAAGAAUCGAACCUGAAAUCAGGAAAUUUUUCGAAAAUUUAAAUCCAAUGGGAAAUAGCAUGGAAAAAGAAUUUGCAGAUUCUCUGUACAAUAAGUCCCUACAAAUAGAGCCACGUAAUGCAAAGCCACCCCCAAGAUUUCCCAAAAAAUAUAACUAUCCUCUUAAAUCUCCGGGUAUUCGUCCAUCUAAUCCAAGGCCAGGCACCAUGCGACACCCUACUCCUCUGCAACAAGAGCCGAGAAAAAUCAGUUACAGCCGUGUUCCUGAGAGUGAAACGGAGAGUGCGGCUUCCGCACCAAACUCUCCCAGAACCCCUCUCACCCCGCCCCCUCCCUCCUCCAUGUCCAGCACCACAGACGUCUGCAGUGUCUUUGAUUCUGAUCCCUCAACUCCUUUUCAUUCAAGAUCUGCCUCUGUAUCCUCCAUAAGCUUUCCCAAACCCUCAGAUGAAAUUACUGUUCCUCCACCUAUUCCUCCUCGAAGACGCCCAGAAUCUGCGCCUGCGGAAUCCUCUCCAUCAAAGAUUUCUUCUGCACACCUGGACAGCCCCCCAGCUAUCCCUCCUCGGCAGCCCACCUCAAAAAUGUAUUCACCGAGAUACUCGGUGACAGACCGGACGUCCAUCUCAGACACCCCGGAGAGCCCGCCUGUCUUACCACCCCGAGAACCCGUGCGGACUCCUGACGUUUUCUCUAGUUCUCCUCUGCAUCUCCAGCCACCUCCUUUAGGCAGGAAAAGCGAACUUGGCAACACUUUCUUUCCCAACAGUCCCUCUCCAUUCACUCCCCCUCCUCCCCAGACGCCUUCUCCUCACGUCGCACGGAGGCAUUUGCCAUCGCCCCCGUUGAUACCACAAGACACGGACCUUCAUUCUGUUGCUGGGCCCCCUGUCCCACCACGGCAGAGCACCUCUCAGCAUAUCCCAACUGUUCAACAUAUCCCAAAGCUGCCUCCAAAAACUUACAAAAGGGAGCCUGCGCAUCCGUCAAUGCACCGCGAUGGGCCCCCCUUGCUGGAGAAUGCCCACUCCACCUGAGUUUCCCUUCCGCUAGAGAAAGUGCUUGCCCAGGUGCCAUGUCUGUUGCUGGCAAUAGAUGCACUGUACUUUUUUGGCGCCAAGGAGUUGGGUUGUGUUGCUCCUAACACUAAAGACGCUGCAAUACAUUUGAUACAUGGUGUAAAAAAAUAUGAAUCUUAAUAACAGGCUCCUUACCUUGAAAAGAAAAAAAACUGUUGCUGUUUGUUCGUUGAUAUGCAGGGCACUGUUCUAAAGUCUCUGGACAUCUGAAUGUACCAGAUAUCAGACUUCUUACAGAUCUCUUUGGGCCAAUAAGCAGACACCGUGCUUUGUGUCAUAUCCAGUGAAGGAUGAAAAACAUAGUCCUGUAAUCAUCUGUUCGCUGCAACGUAAGUUCUUGGAGUGACAAUAUUAUGCACUUUUUAAAAAUAUUUCAAACAGGGAACUUGAUAGUUUCCUUAAUUUUCUUUUGUUGUUGUUUUUAUUCCCUGUGUUCAAAUCAUGAAUUGGACUGUAAGGAAGAUCUGUGGUACUGAACCAAUCUAAAACUAAAGAAUAGCACUGUACUGCAGUACUGUUUACAAACUAUUGCUAGUCCAUUGUGGGUACCUAGGCUUCACCAAAGAGGUACUUUCCUUCUUCUUCAUGAAUUUUAUGGUGCCAGUUUAAAAAGAAAUUCAGCCAGGAAUCAGAAUGCCCAACGUUUGCCUUUUUUAAACAAAUGAGAGUUAAAUCUUAAAUGAAUGACGCCAGUGACACAAACUGCAAAACAGAGCUAUUGCCAGAGUUAAAUUGAUUCUUUCAUUUAGAAGACUGUUAAAUCUAGACUAGGUUCGGUCUUCUUCCUCUUGAGGUUUACUGAUGAGCCACUUUAUUAUGGCUGGUGGCGCAACAUCCUGGAUCAUGUCAUGAAAAUACAAAGGAUGAUCGGCUGGCCGUACCCCCAUUAAUGAUCAUCAUGUUUUAGCUAGCAUUAGGUAAGUGAAUAAAUAAUCAGAGCCCAUAGAAUUGCCUUGUAGUUGCAUAGAUAAAUCAUGUGUAUAUAGUGAAUGUUGCGUAUACUUGCAAAUUGUUUUUAAUUUAAUUGAAAUAAAGAUACAGAUAUUUUGUCUGGCUGACAUAUAUUAAAUUAUUGCAUUGCUAAAUGUACAUUUCAGUUUAAAGCACUGAGGAGAAGACAUAUUCUGUGGUACACACACAUUUUUCUAGCUCAUUGUUUUGGUCUAUGACACGUAACAGAAGAAACCCAAUGUUUAGCAUGUGAAGCAAAGGUGAGUUAGGGGCGGCUUGGAGUCAACGUCUAUGUGCUUAGAAUGUAAUGGAUCUCAUGCAUGUCAGGCAAUACCGAAUUCCAAGCUCUGCUUAACCUCAUAGACUUUGAAGUUGACUUUUAACUAUGUCAGAAAUGUUUGAAAGAGACUAAUCUACAUGAAUAUCCUUCCUUGGAUUAUUUAUAGACCUGUGAACUGCGCUUCUGAUUCCAGUACUGUGAUGAUAAUGCAUGCUACUUGUUGAAGACAUUUUAAUCACCUCCGCUACACUAGGAUUUGUGAAUGGUGCAGUAUUGUAUCUUUAGUUACCAAGACUCUUAUAGGACAUUUUUGGCAAAACCAAAACACAUUUCGGCCAUCUUGGAAAGCCAUGUCAAUGAAACAAUGUUGGUGGAAGACUGUAUCACCAUGGAAGCCUACUAUUUUAAUAUAUUUCUACAGCUCUAUGCAGUGCGGUCUUUGCAUUUCAGGAAAUGUUUGUUUACUUUCAGUUGCAUAGGGUUUUUUUUAAAAAAAAUAACAUGUAGAAUUUGCAGAGUCUAAAGAAAGGUAUUCUGGAAGAACAGUUUGUAUAAUGGUAGACUAUUAACAGAGGUUACACUGAGAUACAGUGAUGCCUAAUAAAAGGUAAGGGAUACUUCUCAAAAUGGUUGAACGUUAAAGAUUUUUUUUUUGAAAUGGUCCUCUUCUUAGGUCUCCUUAGAUCUGCUUGGGCAAAUGGAGCAAUGCCCACUUCAUCCUGCUCCCAGCCAUUUGGGAAUGCAAGGGAGGAGGCUUGUCAAUUAAACAAAAUGUAAGUGGCUCCAUUUCUGCUGGCUAUGCGCUCCACUCCAUAAGUUUCAGUGGAUGCCAGCCACCAGUGUUUAUAUUACUUUAAAACACUAAAAUCUCUCAACGAAAACAGCAGGUCAUGUCCAUUUUUCUGGAAUCAACAAGUCGGUCAUUUCUCCAAGUUCUCUGCCUAAGAGACAGAAGAGUUACCCAAUAAACCCACUUUCUUUUAGAGAGCGGUGGUAAGGGAAGGAGUGUGGGCCUCAGACUUACUAAUUUUAUUUACCCUAUAUACUCAUAUGUCAAUUCACCUAACAUAUCAAUCAAAUGCAGAUUUUAGGUCAAGGUUAUUCCACAGAGAGGGGAAAGCACCAAAGCAUUUUAAAAGGCUAGAAGUGGUGUCACGGCAGUCGAGGAAUUCAACACUUACUUUAGUCUCUCCAAGGGCAAACUAAGCUCUUGCCUUUUGCCAUUCUGCUCAGAGAUGUGCAUGGUUCCGUUUUUUAUGAGAGUUAAGGUACAGUAUUUGCACUGACCCAGAAUAUUUGGGUUGAGUUUUUUACUAUAAUUUCUAGACUUAUACAUGAGUAUAUAGCAGUCAUGGGCAAACUUCGGUCCCCCAGGUGUUUUGGACUUCAGUUAGUAACAACCGGUAGACUGUUAGGAAUUGUGGGAGUUGAAGUCUAGAACGCCUGUUAUAUAGAGUAAAAGUGAUCACCCCAUACUUGCAAAUAUACCUGAAUUUUUUUCCUAAAUAUUUCCACCGCCCUUAAUGUUGAUAUAAGUAUCCUGUUAGUUGCAUCCUAAAUGCCAAAUGGUUAAAUGUGUUGGCUUGAGAAAGGAGACACAAUGUCAGUACUCUGUUAGAGAACCGUUUGCCAUCUUCAUAAUGUAUUACAGUUGCAAUAAAUUAGCUGCACUGAAUUUUAAUUUUCUGAGUAUGAUAGAUUUUUAAAAACCCUCUGAAAUGGAGUUUGUGGUGCACAAAUGUGCAGGCAUUGUUUAAAUACAGACAGUUUUAGUUAAGAACUGCGUGAAUAGCAUGGAAAACGUUGUUGCCGGAGUAGAAGUACUUUGUACUCAGCCAAACCAUCCAUUAUUAUAUCCUUUUAUUGCCAUGUAUAAACUAUUUGCCAUGUUUUUGAUAGUCUACAAAAUCUUGUGUCCUUUCCCAGAGAUGAACUUUCGACUUGUCUAAAGAUCUAGUUGGGAUUUAUAGAGCACUAUACUUAAUUUUUUAUGAUAUUCCAAACACUUGGGUGAGUCACUAAAAUUAAACAAAGCAGAACUUCGGCAAUUGAACAUCAGGCAAAAAGGAAAGGCCUUUCAAAGUUACCAGAGCCAUGUAGUUGCUGAAUGUUGGUGUUUUUUUUCUUGCUGGGAGGAAAAAAAUUAAUAUUCCAUUCUAUUGUGGGAUUAGAAAAGAAUACAAUGCCAAUUUUUGGAGCAAGUAUGCCAAGAGCAAUACUAUAUUAUACACUCAUGUAUAAAUUAUCUUAACAUGUAAAUCGAAGGCAGGUUCUAGGGACAAAAUUAUGGACAGGCUGAGGUUCAUUUCAAGAAGAGGGGAAAGCAAGCAAACAAAGAUAACAUUGCUGACAUUUUCCCUGCAAGGCAAUCUCAAUGGCAGCAGGGCAGAGAGAGCCCACUUUAGGCAAACUUGGGCCCUCCAGGUGUUUUGGAUUUGAACUCCCACAAUUCCUAACAGCCUCAGGCCCCUUCCUUUUCUUUCUCAGCCGCUUAAGCUGAAACUAUAAGCUCUUGUCUUUUACCACUAAGUGAAGAAGAUAAGAAUUAAGAUACAAUAUUUGCAUUGACCUAUGGAUAAGUUGACCUAGGCUUUUCCAUGUUUUGAUGUUGUGGUGGGGAUGUUAUUUCCUUUCCUGUACCCGUUUUAUCAUUAGUGAGGAAUUCUUGAACCACUGGUUAUUUUAAAAAUAAUUUUCUCAUUUCCCCCAAAUUGACCUGCCAGAUCAUACCCAAAUAUUGCCCCAAAUCUCAUGGGCUCUGCAUAGGACCCCACUUGCACAGUAUGUGGGGAUUUCUGCCCUACUUCCUUCCUGUAAAAUAAGUGGAAAAUGUUUUAUUGGAGAAUUGAAAUAAAAAAUGUUAUAAUGAAUGUCAUGAGCUCUUAGACAGGUAAUAAUCAUUUGGGGUAUCCUUUAUUAGAAUGCUUUCCCUUCUUGUCUUUCUUAUUUGCUUCACCUAUUUGCUGUCCCACUCGAGGGACACAAAAGAAGUCCUCCUUGUUGCUCCUAUUUUAGUAAAUGAGAAGUGGGGACUUGCUCUGAACACCGAGGCCUAAUCUCAGUGAAUGGUAAAUGCGAACAUUAAAUCACAUCGCUGUUAUACAUUGAUUUCAAAUUCCUUUGAUUAAAUUAUUUUUUUCUCUACUACGCAGCAGUUGCUGUGGCCUCAUGCUGAUGACAAGGGUAAAGCCAAAAGCGCUUAGGUUUGUUUUGUGAAUGCCAUGCCUUUGCCAUUUAUUUAAAACAACCUUCAAGUGCAUUUUUGUCAACUGUGAGGACAUUUCCCUUUUGCCUUUAUAGAAGUCAUAGUGCAUUAAGCAAUCAGUUAUUGCAACGAUGAAGUUAAGUAACCUUUUGAAAACCGUCAUGUACCCAGGCGAAAGGGAAAAAUCUUGUGCCAGAAGUAUGCAACUUUCAGUAGCUGCCAAAAUGUGCCUUUUUAAAAACAAAAAUAGAAUACAUUUUUUUCUGAAGCGCAGUAGAUUCUCCUGUUGGCUGGGGUCUUAUUUCAGGUAACAUUAUCUUCUUUGGCCAAUUUAGAAACCAAGCUUUAUGGUUCUGUGUAUGUACAGGUUUACGUUUUGAUGAACUUCUGAUAAUUCAUAUAUUGAAAAUGUAUUGCCUUUUGUUUAAUGGUGUGGAGACUUUGCUAAAUGGUUAAGACGCUAUGGCAGUCCGAUCCAGCUGUGUACGUUUGAAGUGGUGAUAUCUCAACUGGCAAAUCUUAUGGGUCUGUGUGUACCUAAUCAUGUAUGUAGGUCAGCUUUGUAUGCUAUGUCUGCAAUGGUAUUCAGAUUGCAUUUAAACUGAAAAUUAAUAGUGGCUGUUACUUUUGGCAUUCAAGAGAUCUGUUCUUAAAAAUGAAUAAAAAUGCCUUACAUAUCC